ACUGUAUUUCAAAAAAAAAAAAAAAAACAGAGAGCAAACCCUAGAUCGUGUGUAGAAAUGGAGACGAAUGUAGUGGGGUUUAGGUUUAGUCCCACGGGAGAAGAAGUAAUCAACUAUUACCUCAAGAACAAGAUUCUUGAAAAAACAUGGCUCGUCAACGAAGCCAUUAACGAGAUCAACAUCUAUGCUCACGAUCCAGAGUGCUUGCCUUCGUUGUCGAAGCUGGAAUCGAAGGAUCUUAUAUGGUACUUCUUCACUCCCAGGGAGUACCACGUAUCUGAUAAGAAGAAGGGAACGAAGAGGACAACACCUUCAGGGUUCUGGAAAGCUACCGGCAAGGAUCGGAUAAUCAAGGACAGGAGAGGACACGGUGUUGAGAUAGGAAUCAAGAAGACGCUUGUGUACCAUCAUGGUAAAGCUGCUAAUGGAGUUGGGACUCCUUGGGUCAUGCACGAGUACCACACCACUUCCUUGCCUCUUAACCAGAGGAAGUAUGUUAUCUGCCAAGUAAUGUACAAGGGAGACAGUCUGUAUGGUAAUAGCUCCAAUGUGUUAAGCCACUCCACCACGGUCUCUGACUUGAACACUACCAGAGAAAUUAACACAGCUCCUGAGGUUGAGCAACCAAGGCAAGAUCAUCUCGGUAUGUCUGUGGAUGAAUGGGAUAACCUACUGAACGAGCAAGAUGAUGUCUCUCUAUUCAAUCCCGACACGUUUUUAAACGACAACUACUACCCUUACCAGCAGCCACAAGCUCCCUGCUGCGAAGAUGAUUAUAUUAGUGAACUGCUGAGUUUUAAGGAAGGGAAUUUUAAUGAUGUGCUUGCUGAUCUAGACGUCACAAUGAUGCAAGAGCACCGCAACGAUCACAGACCAAAGAAACCUUCGACAGGGUUCAUUGUUGAUUCUAGCAGUGACAGGGAUGCCGAAUCCAUGUCCGCAACGAGUUACCAAGGAACAUCAAGUCCAGAUAGCUUUCAUAGUUUGAGUGGACGCUUCCACACUAAUGUACAAGAGAUUUCAUCUUUGAGGAAAGACUCUUUCACAGAUACACAACCUCCUGCAGAUCUGCGCACAAUACCAUCAAAACUUGAGGUGAAAGAAGAAAAGUGCAUGGAGAAGAAGUCAUCAUCAUCAUUAUCUAUGGUGAAGACAGAGAAGAAGGGAUGGUUUAUAACAGAGGAAGCAAUGGACAGAAGAAACCGCAAGAAUCCACGUUUAAUCUAUCUCAUGAACAUAAUCAUAGGAUUCAUCCUCUUGAUGGCUGUCAUUGGUAACAUCAAAUCUGUUUUACUAAGCGCCAAUACUUGAUGAAGUUUGAUUGCGAGGAGAGGCAAAGUAGAUGGAUCUAAGUACUCGUUUCUUAAUUGGCUUUUUUUUUCUUCUGAUUUUGUUUUGAAUGUGUGAUAUAUAUAUAUAUAUAUAUGUGUGUGUGAAUAUGUAUGAGCAAUCGAUGGAAACUCAAUUGUUCUUCUGAAAAUGAAAUAUACAGGUGUUUCUUGUGGUAAAAGUGAAAUUUAGGACUCUCAACCUAGUGUAAGGUACUUCUUAUGCCUCAAGAUGGUUCGAUUAUAUAAGAUGUUUCGCUUAAAAUCACAAAAAUAAGAUGUUUA